UAGGAGUACAAUUUUUUUCUUUUUACAUAAAAAAAACUCACAAUUUCUCCCUUCUCCCUUCUUCUUCUUCUUCUCUUUGAUCGUCAAAUCCAAAAUCCAAUAAAAAAUUAAAAGAGAGAUAGAUGGAAGCAAUAGAUCAGAUUGAGGGGGACGAUAGUUACUUGGAUUAUCUGGAUAUUUUAUUGGGCCCCGCUGAUUCUCUCACCAACAGUAUUUGCAGCAGUGGUGGUGUUGUGGAUAUUGAUUUUUCAUCUAGUGUUGGUGUUGUUACACAAGUCAAAGAAUGCUCGCGGAAGAGGGGACGAAGUGAUUCAUGUAGCAGAGCAGGGACCAAAGCUUGCCGCGAGAAGUUGCGGAGGGAGAGAUUGAAUGACAGGUUUCAAGAUUUGAGCUCUGUUUUGGAACCUGGAAGACCAGCCAAAACUGACAAACCUGCCAUACUAGAUGAUGCUAUUAGAGUUCUGAACCAGCUAAAAAAUGAGGCUCAGGAGCUCAAAGAAACUAAUGAAAAACUUUUAGAAGAAAUCAGAAGUCUGAAGGCUGAAAAGACUGAACUCCGUGAAGAAAAACUGAUGCUUAAGGCAGAUAAAGAAAAGAUGGAGCAACAGCUAAAAACUUUGGCUCUUCCCACUUCUGGGUUCAUGCCAACCUAUCCAGCAGCCUAUCAUGCUGCAGCCAACAAGAUACCAGUCUUUCCCGGUUAUGGUCUGAUGCCAAUGUGGCAUUAUUUACCCCCAGCUGCUUGUGAUACAUCACGUGAUCAUGAGCUCAGGCCACCUGCUGCAUGAUUCUUUUUUAUUCGUCAAAAUCCUGAUAACUUUCAGAUGCUAUUUUCUAGAAUUUUCUUAAAAUGUAAAUAUAACUUGCUUUGCACUUUAGCUGAUUUUGACAAUUCAAUUAUUGACAAGUUUAGUGCUGGAGAUUGGCUGGUAGGUAGCUAGAUUGCAAGUAUUUUCUCCAGUAAAUCAUUUUAUCUCUAA